UGAAACCAAGGAGGAGAUACAGGCUGCGACACACUGGAGCUGUGAGAAAAAGAGAUUCCUUGUGUGCUGAUUAAUCAUUGGUGGGCUGAAACAAGAAGCGCGUGCGUUUUCAGAAAUGUAUGUCUGUCAUUCGGAGAAAAGCAUUUUAUGAACAGACUGACUGGCUGGAGGCCGAUCAUCCUGACUGCUCCAAACGGUUUUACAUCAGCUUUGUUGUCAGCAUGGCAACAAAGCCUGUGGCCUGGCAGGAGCAGGGUCCUGUCAGUUCACUAGAUGGAUGGGUCAAUGAGUCCUGGGCACAGGGUGAAGUGGGUGCAACCAUGAGCCGCAACUCCCCUCUGCAAGACAAAAAGGCUCCCAGGGCGGAACCUGAAGAGGACAUAGAUGUCCUGGAGCCUGGAGCGCAAGACAGAGCUCCACAGGAGGACCAAACACGUUCAAGACCAGAACUAGCUGAUGCAACCAAAUUGGAAAAUCAAGAAUCAGCAACCCCUAGGGAGACACAAGUAGAUGUGACAGAAUUAGAAGUUCCCAAAAAACUACCAGAAGCAUUACAGGUUCUGGAGGAUUCUGAAAAGCCUAGUUUCCCACCACCACCUCCUCCCCUCAGUGUUUUAUCAACAGAAGACUGCUUUGAGAAAGAGGGUUUUUCCAGCCCGGAGGGCGAGGCGGCCGAGUGGACCAGUGAUGCUGAGAUCAUCUCAGACCCUGCAGAAGACCUUAUCUCGCUUGAUAAAGAAUGGGCACAGGUAACUCAACUCACUGAACUAGUUGAUCAAGAGAUAGAUUCAACCUCUGAUGAGGUGACAGAGGAUGAUAUGGCAGCAGAGGAGAAUGACUCACAGCUGCACUUCUUGCCAGAUGGUUUUGACAACUAUGAACUUGAAAAUAAUAUUUUGCGUUGA